GUUUGUUCGUGCUUUUUUCUUUCUCUUUUCCGCCGUUGUUGACGUCAUUUCCUCCGCUUGUGAAACUCAAAAGCAAAAUUAUGGGCGGCACCACAAGCCGCGCCGUCAAUCUUUCGGCGGAAUUUCAUCUAAACGAGGUUGCUGCGCAGCAGGAGCACGAUGCAUGCCUUGGCCUGUUCGGCGGUAUUAAAACGAAAAAUGUAAACGAGCUAGCUACAGUCCUGGCGCCAACCUCUUCUAGAACCUCGACCACCACGACCAACUUGCUCUCAAAUUUUUUUGAUAAAACCUCUUUUUUCACAAGAACGACAACGACAACCACUUCAUCAACCGCGCCGGGUCGUGGGGCUGCAGGGACUGCUGCUGCUGCUGCUGCGGAACGAACUACAAAUAAAAAAACCUGCUUCUGCGACGGAGCGGCGCCGAAUGCGUCGCUGCUGCGUCGCUACCAUCUAUUCAUCGACACGGAUCCCUGUCGCACCUGCGGAACCCAGGGUGCCGCCUACGUCCGCAUCGGGGGCCGGAGCAGCGAGACGGGGUACCGACUGCUGAAGCGCGGGUUUCCCCCCGCGUCGCGGUUUGAGAUGGACAUCUACGCACCGGACGUGGGUCGGGUGCAGUACCUGAAGCUGGCGUCGCACACCCGGGACGCCUGGCUGCCGCGGCGAGUGUUCUUGGAGAAUCCGGAGACCGGGGGUAUGCUGGAGUUCCCGGCGGGCCAGCGGGUCGGGGAGCCAAACACCCCGGAACUCACGAUCUACCCAGAACUCGAGGAAUCCAGGAAGGACGAUUAAAAAUGCGGGAAACGCAGCAAAAAAUGAGACUGUUGGAACCACCACUGAACGAAAGAACGAGCGACACAACGUUUACGUACAAAUAUGAAUAUCUUUUUGCAGUUCUGGAACUACCGUAGUUCCUGACCUUCUAGCGCUUCGGUUCGCUCGCUAGGCGUACGUUGCUCUUCUUGCUGGAUCGAUUUACAUUUUUCCUUAAUUUAUGUUCUCUG